CUCCUCUGCAGAUUGAGCUUGCAGUAUCUUCUAUGGCACACAGCACUGCUUCCAGUGACAGUUUUUAUCAAGAAGGAUUCACCCACCACCAACACAUUGCUAUGACUUCAUAUAAAUAUCACUCUUCGGAGAAUCAGUUUCUGUAUUUCUCAUACCUUCAGGAUGACCACCACACCGAAUAUCAUGAUGAUCCACAAACUGAGUCUAAAAGGGCCCUGAGAGAAUUUUCGCAGCUUCCACCACCCAUUGGGUUGAAAUUCACUUUGACUCCUGAAAUGAUGCAACCAAGUCAAGUUGCAGCAGCCAACAAAGUUGAGAAACUGAAGGCUGUGCAGUUUCCAAUGAACAUGCUCAGAAUCGGAUACUUUAAGAUUGAGGCUAAAUAUCCUUAUGAAUUGGUAGCUAAGUGUUAUUACGCAAGACAAAAAUUGAUGUGGGAGAUAUUACACGAUGGUUUGAAGUACAAAAUUGAAAUACAGUAUCAGAAUAUAUCAGCCAUUCGAGCUGUUAUCGACGAACACUCACCUGGAGUUCUUGAAAUUGAGUUAGACAAAGUACCAUCAUUCUUUAAAGAGAUUGAUCCAAAGCCCAAAAAACAUACUAUGUGGACCAUAUCCAAUGACUUCACCAAUGCUCAAGCUUCACAAUACCGGAGGCACUAUCUUGAAUUUCCUCCUGGAGUUCUUGACCAACACUACAUGAAGCUAUUGCAAAGCGAUAACCGAUUGCUGGAAUUGAGCCGAAGAAGUUUUCCAAGUUCACAUUCUGCUUAUUUUAAUUUGCAUUUAGAUGAAGGAACCACUCAAUUUUCUAUUGGUCAUGAUCUGCAUCACAUUGUCUACCCCUACUCCCUUAGCCUCUGA